AUGUGGCCGUGGAGCAGGAGCGUCGUCAGACACCGCAGACACACGGACGAAGACGCAGCAGACACACGACCCGCUAGCAAUAAAACAAAACGGCGACUGCGAACCCGAAUCCCGAUACCAACUACCGACCGCGCGACUGGCAGCUCCGUAUGUAUACAGUUUGUACACGUACGCGGCGAAAGGCUGCGUUCGGUUGGUACUACGGUAUUCCCCCCCGAAUAUCAGAACGCUCGCGCUUUAGCCGGCCGGCUGGGUGGCCGGCUGCUCGCUCGCUCGCUCCGCGCACGCAAGCGCACGUCGUAUUCCUCGUUCUCGCUCGCACCCAUCACGCCCGUGGACGGGCGGACGUUGCGCGCCGAUGUGAAGACGAGCGAGCAGCGUUCGCGGGGCGCCGCCAAACCCGACCGAGCACCGUCGAUCGCACACAUCGCACGCCACACGCACGCACACACGGUGACCGUCGUCCGUACUCCGUUGGCGGCGACGCGACCGUCUCACCCGCUCGCCAUCGCCGCGGCGGUUUCAUUCAGAAAAUAA